CGAGGUGGAAUCCCCACCCGAGGUGGAAUCCCCAUCCGAGGUUCCAUCCGAGGGGAAAUCCCCCUCCGAGGUGGAAUUUCCAUCCGAAGUCGAAGGCACAUCCCUGGUGGAUGUCACAUCCGAGGUGGAAGUCCCCACAUCCCCUGAAAUGAAAAUCAGCUCCAUAUCUACCAGUGAUACCAAUUACAGUCUCGAAAGACCUUCCGUGGACGACCAGUCGCCCCUGCACGUCUAUGAGACGGCGUCGGUGAGAACUAGUGUUGACGCCACCCCGACUCGGGCAUCAGAGCCGCCGCCGCCUGAGCAGGAUGUUUCCCUGAACCAGCUGGAAAAAUUCCAAAAAGAGUUCCAGGAGCAGAUGGGGACCCGCCACCACUUCCGCCUGAGCCAAGGGAGCAGCAUCGUCUCCUCUGACAUGGAAGAGCUCCUUCUGGGCUUGGAGGGGCCCUUUCUACAGGUGCCAGAGCGCCCCCAGGUGCCCCUGAGGGAAGCCUCACAGCCAGCAUUCCUGGACCACCUGCAGCAGCUGAGCACAGAGGAGGAGGGGCAGGGAGAGUCCGAGGGCAGUGGAGAGGGGGAUGAGGAAGACUCCCAGCUGGUGGUCCUGGACCCCAAUCACGCUAAGGCCACGACGCAGACGCACGCGCAGCGGCAGGCGGUGGGCGUGAGCCUGUACGGCGUGCAGCAGCACCUGGCGCGCCUGCAGAUGCAGCUGGAGCGCAACCACGACCGCUACUCGCUGGCCGCCUGCGAGCGGCACCAGCGCGAGGAGGAGCUGCACGCCGCGCGCGGCCUCUACGCGCGCACCCGCGCCGCCGCCCAGGAGGAGCGCAAGAGGCUGGCCGCCCUGCAGACGGAGGUGGAGAACCUGGUGCUGCGCCUCUUCUACAUGCAGAACGUGGACCAGGACAUGCGGGGCGACAUCCUGGUCAUGAAGCAGGUCGUCAAGAAGGCCGAGGUGGACAGGCUGCGGGCCGAGGUGGAGAAGCGGCAGCAGGACCUGCACGUGGACCAGCUGACCACGCAAGCCAACCAGCUGGAAGAGGACGUCGCCCUCACUGAGGCCAAGUACCUCGCGCAGGCUGAGGACACACAGGUCUUACGGAAAGCCGUGAGUGAGGCCUGCACUGAGAUCCAGGCCAUCAGCAUGGAGAAGAAGCACAUCUUGCAGCAGUGGGCCACCAGCCUGUUGGGGAUGAAGCACCGAGAUGCGGCUCACAAGACCAUCCUGGACGCCCUGAGCGAGUGCCAGCAUCAAAUGAAGUCCAUGGAUGGGGAGAUAGAAGCAUAUAAGAAAUCUAUCAUGAAGGAGGAGGAGAGGAACGAGAAGCUAGCCAGUGUGCUGUUCAGGGUGGACACCGAGGCCCACCUCAUGCAGAAGCUGACCGCCCAGUGUCUGGCCAAACAGGAGGUCCUGCAGAAUGAAUUCAACACCUACAGGCUGGCCAUGCAGGAGCUCGAGGACAAGCUGGGCCAGGCCCACCAGGAGCACGAGGCUGUGGCUGCCGAUCUGAACGCUGUGAGCCAGGCCAUCCAGUACGAGAUGAACACCAGGCGGAAGGUGGAGGCCUGCAUCUUUGAGAAGCUGCAGGAGCACAUGACCUCCAACAAGAUGACCAAGUACUUCAACCAGCUCAUCAUCAAGCUGCAGAAGAAGAAGACCAACUUGGUGACACACCUGUCCAAAAUCGACGGCCAGAUCGCCCAGACCACGCUGAACAUCACCAACACCGACUGCCGGCUGGAGGGCCACCAGAAGGUGUUGGCGGAGCUGGACAAGGAGGUGAAGAGGCUCACCGAGCUCAUCGCCAACAGCGAGAGCGAGAUCUCCCGGCGCACCAUCCUGAUUGAGCGGAAGCAAGGCCUCAUCAACUUCUUCAACAAGCAGCUGGAGCAGAUGGUCUCCGAGCUGGGGGGGGAAGAGCUGGGGCCCCUGGAGCUGGAGAUCAAGAGGCUGACGCGGCUGUCGGAGGAGCACACGGCCAGCGUGACCCAGGCGCAGGUGAGCUGGUUGCGUCUGCAGCAGGACAUGGUCCAGGCCACGCAGCAGCGGGAGGAGCAGCUGGCCGACCUGGACCUGUUCAAGAAGGAGCUCCGCAUCCUGGAGCAGAAGAAGCUGCGCAUCGACAACAAGAUCGCGCAAGAGAAGAAGGAGCAGAAGGAGGUGGAGCACCACAUGAAGGAGCUGGACAAGGACCUGAAGCAGCUCAACGUGCUGAUGAGCAAGAACCGGGGCAACUCCCAGGAGCUGCAGCAGGUCACCAUGGUGACCGAGACCGAGUUCCUGCGCUCCCUCAAGGCCGCGGAGCGGGAGAGCAUGGAGCUGCAGGAGAGGCUGGCUCAGCUCAACGAGGAGAAGCGGUCCCUGCUCACCAGCCUGGUGGAGGCCGAGCACCAGAUCAUGCUGUGGGAGAAAAAAAUCCAGCUGGCCAAAGAGAUGCGCGCCUCUGUGGACUCGGAGACCGGCCAGGCGGAGAUCCGAGCCAUGAAGGCGGAGAUCCACCGGAUGCAGGUCAAGCACGGGCAGCUGCUGAAGCAGCAGGAGAAGAUGAUCCGAGACAUGGAGAUGGCGGUGGCCCACAGGGACACAAUCACCACCCGGGCCGAGGGCCAGAGCAAGAUGGACAAGAAGGCCUUCACCCGCACCGACUUCCACCACAAGGAGCUGGAGCUGAGGCGGAAAAUCAGGGACACUCACAAGGCCACCGAGGAGAGCGAACAGACCAUACAGGAGCUGGAAGUAAUGCAAAAGACGGCGAGCGACUCCCUGAUGGAGAAGCAGGAGCAACUGUCGGCCACGCAGUCCGAGUCAGACCUUCUGGAUGCAGACCUGGAGCGCCUGGUGGCCCUCAAGCGGCAGAACCUCUCAGACAUCGUCACCUUGCAGACGCGCUUGAAGCACCUCCAGGCGCUGAAGGAAGGCAAGUACGUGCCCCUGUUUCGCACGGAGCAGUCCCUGCAGGUCGAGAGCCAGCGGCUGGCGAACAGGCUGGCCACCAUGAGCAGUGCCCUGGACCACGUGAAGGACGAGUACCCCCAGUUCCAGGAGGCGCUGCACAAGCUCAGGCAGACCAUCGCUGCCAAGCUGGAGGCCCCCGGGGCCCCCUAAGGAGGCCACCAGCUUCCUCGUCCCGCCCCCCAGCCUCCAAGGGGCAGGCCAUGUGGGCCAGAC